GAUCAGAGAGAAGGCAAGGAAGAGCUGUUCGGGGUCGUUACUUUUCGUUGAAGACUAUACUGUAUAUGAAGCUAUAAGCCAUGGCGUCCGACCAGGAGAUAGCGGAAGGUGUUGAAACAUUUCUCCGUCAGUUGGACCCUAACGCCGUCAUUUCUCUAAACGGCGUCGUUCAGCAGCUCGGAGCUAAGCUCGGCUUGGACCUCUCUCACAGAGCUGGCUUCAUCAAUGACCAGAUCAGCCUUCUCCGAUCAAAUCCGGCGCCGAACCAACCGCAGCGGCCGACUCCGGUGCAGUCAAUGUACCCUUUUGCCCUCCGGACCCAUCAACAAUUCCAAACCACCAAACCGGAGCAACACUUCUAUUCCCAUUUUGCUCUUCAGCAGCUGCACUACCAGCACAACACUCUACCGCCGAUUCCGCAGCAAAUGACGAUGCAGCAGCAAUUUUCGCCUGCUCCAUCACCUAACGUAGUUCGGGUUACAGCUGCUCUGAAUGCAGCACAAAACGCCUCUCCUGCUAUGAAGGAAAGUACUGCUACUACUGGUGGGACCAAAAGAAGAGGCGGAGCAGGUGGGUUGAACAAAGUCUGCAGUGUAACACCAGAACUUGAGGCUGUUGUUGGUCAUCCGGCACUCCCUAGAACUGAGAUUGUGAAGCAGCUGUGGGCAUACAUCAGGAAGCAUAACCUACAGGAUCCUGGGAAUAAGAGAAAGAUCAUCUGUAAUGACACCCUCCGCUUAGUCUUUGAAACAGACAGCACUGACAUGUUCAAGAUGAAUAAGCUUCUCUCAAAACAUAUUCUCCCACAUGAUCCUACAAGACAACCUGAACAAGCUAAAAGAUUGAAGGUUGAAACUACUUCGAAACCAGACAAUGAAGACUCUAGCUCGCAAUCUGUGAUGAUAUCAGACGCACUUGCCAACUUUUUAGGAUCUUCAGAAAGAGAGAUGCUUCAAUCAGAAGCACUCCAACGUGUUUUGGACUAUGUAAAGGUUAACCGUCAGGAGAACUCUCCAGAUACUGAAGUGAUUGAGUGUGAUGCUAAGCUUCAGGAGCUGUUUGGAUGCAAAAGCAUUACUACCAUGGAAAUACCUGAGAAGUUGGUGCGCUAUCAUCUGUUCCAGCAGCGCUGAUCUCUGUUGUAGUCUUGUAGAGAAUAGUAAACAAAUCGCUCGAAAUUGGGGCUGUAGCUGUGUAGUUGAUAAAAGUCGACUGAGAAUGACUCGAUGACCUAUACAAGUCUCUCUUUUAUUCCCUUCAACUUUUGUAUCUUGAAGAUGUUGAUGUAUAUUUCAGUGCAAGGACACUCUUACUACCCAGUGGUAAAUUGCCAAGCUCUGACCAAAACUUUCUGGAAUUUGCAUUUUUAUCUUCCAAGCCUUCUUCUAUUUCUUAAGACAUGGCACAUGUGGAAGCUAAAACCUUUUCCCAGAGGAGCAUGACUCUUUCUACACUCUGGAGCAUGAGAAUAUGGGGGAAUCAAUUGCGCGCACACAUAAGAUGACAUGAAUAUGAAGUUUACCUUGAGCUGUUUGGUUUGUGGAAUGUGACAAACAUGGUACUGUUACAUUCUGCGAACCAAACGCUCCCAUCACAUAAACAAGAUUGGCUACCUAGCUUCCAUGAAAUCCCAACAUCCAUUCCAUCAUGCAGUGAGGGCUGAACAACAAUCUCGAUGUUGCUCCCUAAGGAUUUAAUCAGCGAAGAGAAGAAAUUGACUACUUUCUGCAAAAACUGAGUAGCUGUCAAACAAAUUUCUGAAGAAUUGUUUUUUGCUUUUGGUCACAAAAUUAUCAUGUCAUUCCCAAAAUUUGUCCCCAAAUAUCACCUAUUCCACUUUCCAUGCAUGGCUAGUAACUCAAAAGGUGAAAAUGGCCAAAAAGCCACUAUCAGUAUUAAGGCAAAAAUGGUCCAUAAUUUGUACUUUUUGAUUCCACAAUGAUUCGUCACCCCCAGUUUCACAUCUGAUCACUACUAAUUCGUCAAAUAUAUUUACAAUAUUCGGUUAAUUUUUCUUAUUAUUGAAAGAAAAGGAUUGAGAGGAAAUGCAGUACUUGACUAUAUGCUUGGACUCGGGCCGGGCCUAGGCCUGGUCGGGCCUCCGGGUUAUUACAGGUGGGCCUGGGACCGGCCCAGGUUAUUACCGGGUCCGGGCCUGGCCUCUUUUUAAUUUUUUUUCCUUUUCCUAAUUAACCCCCCUCCCACCCCAACCCCCCAAACCACCCCCAAAUGGCCCAAAAUACCCAGCCCAACCCGAAAAGUUAAAAAAAAAUUGAAAAAAAAAUUAAAAAGCCGGGAACAGGGCCCGAACCGGCCGGCCCGAUUCGGCUUUUGGGUGAACUGAGCCCGCAUUGGGAACCCCCCGGGCCGGGCCUACCCGGACCGGUCACUGGCCGGGCCACCGGGCCGGGCCGGUUCAGCACAGUACCGGUCCCGGGCCGGUUCCGGGUCGGGCCACCCGGCCCGAGUCCAAGCCUACUUGACUACUUGAUGUCUUGAUGUAUAAAUUGAAUAGCUAUCAGUGAAUUUUUUAAAGAAUUCUUUUUUUCCAGUUUUGGUCUGAGGACUAUUAGACAUUUGGACAAAUUUAGUUUUUAUGAAAAAGUUUCAAUCUUUUUACUGUAGGUGCACAGUUAUGAUUUUUGUACCAUGUUUGGCCCUUUCAGCCACUUAUCUGUGAAAUUUCCAUAAAUUUGUGGUUCACUUCUUUCAGAUAACUGACCAAAGAGGACUUGCAAGUUAAAGGGAUAAGAAGUCUAUCUUCGUGCACCAUUAUUGGAAAAAAUAAUUGACUCUGAAAAAACAAUCACACUGCAAACCUUUCAGUUCUCAAACACAAUCACAUUUCAUAAAGCAAGCUGAAAGACCUUCUCUGUAUAAGCAAUACCCUUACCUUCUUCCCAUGGAAUGGUCUCAAGGUGUGAACGAAAUUGCUAACGCACCGACAUUCCUCUCCAAUUAUAUCAGAUAGUUGAUGCAAGUUUUUCUGUCUGAUUGCAAUGUAAAGUUUCAGGACAGCUUCCACGGCCCUCUGAUCGUUCUCUAAAUUUCCGUGAGAAUUAUUGCACGCUACCGGCAAUAGCCGCUUGUUUGUAUGAACAGAAAAAGCUAUAUCAGGCUUAGAUCCAAGGGAUUUAUAAGAACCUUUUUUGAGUGGAUGAAUAAAUGGCUUUUGCUCUUGGGAUGGAAAAGCAGACAAACUGGUGAUGGUUGCCAUUUUAGUGCGAGGAGGAAAUGGUAAAGAAACCAAGUCCAUAAGAAAUGACAGAUAGAUUAAACAAGUGAAAACUCAUCAUACGCAAAUGUAUAUACUUUGUGUUAUUGGGAGAAGAUUGUACGGAAGUAUUGUCUAUGGAGAGAUUCCUUUGUGCAAAAGGGUAAAGGAAAACAAUGCCCCACUUGCAAGUUUGGAAUAUUUAUUAGUGGUUUGAACAUGCAUAUAUACGGCCAGGAUAUCUG